AUGGAAGGUGGUCUGGAAAACACGGAUGAAGCCCUUAUGCAAGCACAGGGACACAAGUGCAAUGUUCAUGGCAACUUCAUUGACCAAAAUGCGCCCCCACCACCCCGAACUGAAGCAUCACCCACCGACUGGACCCCAUAUGAAAGUCGUGUUGUGUUUGAGGCAGCGGAAUUGCUCUAUACACGUAACCAAAUGUCUGCAGGUCAAAUUGACACCCUUCUUGACCUCUGGGCAGCAACACUUAUCAAACAUCAGGACAGUCCUCCAUUCACUGGCCACCGGGACCUAUAUGAAACCAUCGAUUUGACUCCUCUUGGCAAUGUUACUUGGGAGACUUUCUCAAUGUCCUACAAUGGAGUUAAACCUGCCAAUAAUGUUCCGCCAUGGAUGACCGCCAAGUACGACGUGUGGUUCCAUGAUCCAUGUCUACUUGUUCACCAUAUGCUUUUGAACCCUGACUUCGCCACUGAAAUUGAAUAUGUCCUAUAUCGGGACUAUACUGAUGAGGAUAAACACUGUUAUAAGAACUUUUUCUCUGGUGAUUGGGCUUGGAAGCAAGCCUACAUCACUUUACAGGACAUUAUCGCAGAGGAUCCGGAAACCCACGGAUCAACAUUUGUGCCUCUAAUCAUUGGCAGUGACAAGACUACGGUGUCAGUGGCCACAGGACACACUGAGUACCAUCUGCUCUAUCUCUCAAUUGGAAACAUUUUUAAUGGAGUUCGAUGCACACAUCACAAUGGCGUGGUGCUGGUAGGCUUCUUGGCUAUUCUGAAAAGCACAAAGGAACAUCUUGAGGACAAAGACUUUCGCAAUUUCUGCCGUCAAAUGUUUCACUCCUCACUCACCAAGAUAUUUGAUUCCAUGAAGCCGAAUAUAACAAUCCCCGACGUUGUGUGCUGUCCUGACAGCCAUUAUUGGUGUGUCAUAUAUGGGUUAGGCCCAUACAUCACCAAUUAUCAAGAGCAACUGGUGCUUUCAGGAGUUGUUCAAAACUGGUGUCCGAAGUGUUUGAAUCAUCGCAAGAAUCUCGAAGGCGAUGGGCUAUCUUUGCUCCGGUGCAGAGAACACACCGACCUCCUGGUUCAAGAGCUCCAGCAUGCCCACCUCUGGUAUGAGUAUGGUAUCAUCCAAGAGGUUGUGGUAUACCUCCUGCACCAAAUCAUCAAAGGGAUGUUCAAGGAUCACCUUGUCAACUGGGUAGAAGAAUAUUUGUUGCUCACACACAGGGCUUCAUGCGCAGCAGAGAUCAUGGAUGACAUUGAUCGAAGGUACUCCAACAGGAUAGCGGCGGUCGCCCCUUUUGCAGGUUUACGGCGCUUUCCAGAAGGGUGCAGAUUCAAGCAGUGGACAGGUGAUGAUUCCAAGGCUCUGAUGAAGGUCUAUCUGCCUGCCAUUAAAGGUCAUGUUCCUCAAGAUGUAGUUCGCGCAUUUAGCGCAUUCCUUGACUUCUGCUACAUAGUCCGGCGAGACACAAUUACAGAGGAUGAUCUCAUCCAGCUUCAAGAUGCGCUCGAUUGUUUUCACCAGUACCGUGAAAUCUUCAAGACAACGGGAGUUGUACUGGGCUUCUCAUUUCUGCGUCAACACUCCCUAAACCACUAUUCCCUCAUGAUCCGGCUCUAUGGCGCCCCAAACGGCCUUUGUUCAUCAAUAACGGAGUCGAAGCACAUCAAGGCAGUUAAGGAGCCCUGGCGCCGCUCCAACAGAUUCAAAGCAUUAGGCCAGAUGCUCCUCACAAAUCAACACCUCGAUAAAAUGGCUGCAGCGCGAAGCGACUUUGAGGCUCGUGGUAAUCACGAGUCGCUGGAUGACAACGAUGAUGGCGACAACAACAACGACAAUGAUGCAGUCGCAGACGCACCCCAAGCAUGUCUGAACCGUCUGCGUGUCAAUGAACCACAAAACCAGACUGCUGAGGGAGAUGCAGCCGAUAUCAUUGAUGGACCUACUGUCCAAGCUCAUGUGGAACUUGCUGCGACGCCCAUACAAUCCUCCAUACACGGGGGCGUUGGUGGCAAUGCAGUUGAGGCCGGGGAUGUUGAUGUAGAAUAA